GGGCGCACACCGCUCUGGUGGGCAGCGCACGACGGACACGAGCCUAUCGCUGGCUUUCUCCUCAACAAGGGAGCCGACCCGGCAGCCCGCGACUUGGUCGGCCAGACGCCUCUUUGGUGCGCAGUGCGCAACGGUCACACAGAUAUCGUGCGGCUCCUGCUUGAAACGGGGCGCGCCGAGCCUGACGCAAGGGGUAGCGUGGGAUGGACACCGUUGAUGUGGGCUGCACGGCGUGGCGAUCUUGAGGUCGUAAAGAUGCUACUCGAGACUGGGAAGGUGAACGUAGCGGUGCGGGACGACGCAGGCAGAUCUGCACUCUCCUGGGCCUUAGGGGCAGGGCACUCUCACGUCGUUGAGGCGUUGUAUGUUGCGAGCGGACGGAUAGAGAAGGAGAGU